AUGGCCGGCCUGCCAUCGUCGAACCUGAUACUGCCACCCCCUGGAAAUCAGGGCCCUCAACAGCCAAGGACCGAGGCUGGCGACUGGGCAUUGCCACCGCAUCCCGAUCGAAGGACGGGACCCAUACCAACCGCGACUUGGGAGGAGUGUGCAACAUGCCCCGACAAACUUCAGUGUGACCGAAGCUUUGCCUGUUUCACAUGUCGGACCAAUAAUCUACAGUGUGAUAGGAACGGCGCUCAGAAUAAGAAGGGCAUCUUUGUGACCGGCGUUCCUGGAGAGGACAUGAGAGGCUAUUGGUACGUUUUAGACAAAGGGCCAGGGGGACCAGCCGACCGGCAAGUGGACCAUACCUGGCGACAGCCUGACAACUACCAUGUUGAGUACGCUCAUCGUGAGCUGCAGAGAAAGGGUCUUCUCGGCUGCUGGCGAGGCCCUCCCGGUGGUCCCUAUGAUCCCAGUAUAGGGCCCCAAGGCCGCAUAUACGUUGGUGACAAUCCUCGGCCCAAUGCGGCGGGCCAAGUUGUCCCUGCUCCGCUUGCUGCCGGACCUCCUGUUCCCGGCCCUCUCCCUCCUCCAGUUGUUGACAUUGACUUCCUGCGGCGGUUACCUGACGAUGCCGAUAUGUAUGGCAUCGAUGGCCCAGCCCCGUAUGAUGCUGUCAUCCCGUAUGCUGACAACCCGGCUAUUGAGACUCAUUUUCAUGACGCCUUUGCACAUCAUCAUAUGGACCCGGAUCAAGCAAUUCUGCCUCAGUUUCAACACCCUUUACCGGAUGAUAAUAUCGGCCCAGUUGAUCCUGAGUAUCAGGACCCCGUCGCGCCCGCACCUGUUGACCAUGAACUAGUGCAGAAUUUCCUUCCUCAGUUGCUACAGGGUGCGGAACCAGAGCUACCUAUCGAUCCUCAGUUGCUGCUGUCUCCGCCCAAUCCGCAGCAUUUGAUCCCAGCCGCACGCUUCGACGAAGUUGCUGCACGGCGCGGUCAGGACUAUCCCCCCUCUGACCCAAGCUCCUCAAGUGAUAUCCUGGGAGCUGAUCCUUUGGACCAUCCUGGUCCGGGUAUAUAUCUUGGCCCAGGUGAGUUACCACCACAGUUUGCUGAUCCUUAUCCGAUCGCUCCUCUCGAGCAUAAUGCGCCAGUAGCUCCCACUCCUCCACAUCUCGGACCUGAGACACCGCCUGCCCUGCUCAAUGCACCUGCAGGCCAAGCGGUGCAUUUCAGUCGCGAACAAUACCACUUGCUGUUCCCUCACUUAAGCAUGUCCCGCUUGAACAGCCUCUGGGGCUAUGAGCCUUUUCUGCAGAGCAACGAUCCUGAAGAGCUUGCCAUCGAGGCGCCAGAAAUUAUGGAUUUUCUGCAGAGACUGAACCCUCGCAUGACGGCAAUGUACGUAACUCCUCGGCCUGUUGCAAGACCUGGAAGCCCGGGUCCUGUUUUCGAGCUCUGGUCAGACCAGGCGGGAAUGGUUCCUCUCGAUCACCCGGCGAUGCAGAACAACCGUAUGCCCGUGUUAGCAACUGAACGACUCCCGGCCUUGGCAACAAUUCCGCUCAACACCCGUUUGUGGCCAGACGUGGGUCUUGGUAUCGGCAGGCAGCACCAUUGUGACGAGUGUGGGGCGGUGACGGAAGGAAUAUGUGAAAGUAUCGAACAUCACCCAAGGGGGCAUAUCCACAUCUGUGGAAAUUGUGACGCCGAUUCACGCCGAGAACUCCUGAGGAUACUAGAGGAGAUCGACUUUGUGCAACAAACCCGCUAUUGGCUCUGCUACCCAUGUACGGCUAAAGUGAACGAUAGUCCGCAGGAUCAUCACACGCACUCAGGGACAAGAGUAUUCGACCCGGUGGUUAGUAUGAGGGGGUUUCUCCACAACGCACACGAGAUGUUGUACAAUCCCACCAUAGCCCAGGUAGUAACCAUGCCAGGAGAAGCGGCUGCCUCGACAAUUACUCGUGGAGGUCUUUUCCCACACUUGCCGCUGACGGGCUGCAGCUGCGGGACAAAGCUCUUACAACGGAGACUUUGUACCCCUCAUCGUACGGCAGCAUUCCUCGACUGUGCCUUGCGAAUCCACCGAUGGAUGAAGUACAUGGCGGCCGCAGGCGGUAAGCCUUGCCCCAUGUGUCUGUCAAACCCAUCUCCUGAUGGUCCCCAGGGCCCGGCGAGUGCCUAUUACUGCCUUUGCUGUUCUGGUUUGGUAAUCAAGUGGACGGGUGAAGCUGAUGAAGAGGUUGGCCCUGAGAUCUACAUCAAUGCCUAUCCCGAUUUCCGAAAUGGCAGCCCCUAG